CCGUGCCCGCUGCUGCAGCGGCUCGCCCUUGGCCCCCCCGCGCCCCUCGCGGGCCCCUAUCCUGGGGCCGCUGCCUCCUCGGCGUUUCUCCGGGUGUUGGGCCCUUCCCUCCUCGAGUCGUAACCGAGGAGUGCCCUGACUGGCGCGGGACAGGCGCUCACCCCAAACCCGGGAUUCUCCUCCCAGAGCUGCAAGUUGACAGCUGGGCUGCGGCCGCCGGACCUGCCGCCGCCGCUCACCUCCUCUCUUCCCCCCAGGACUGGCAGUGGGUUCGCCCCGAGGACAGCCGAGUGCCGGGCUGCUGCCGACCUCAGGCAGGGUUGAGCCACAAUGUCCCCGGAGUCUAAGAAGCUCUACAACAUCAUCAUUUUAGGCGUUGCCUUCAUGUUCAUGUUCACCGCCUUUCAAACCUGUGGAAACGUGGAGCAAACUGUCAUCAGGAGCUUAAACAGCACGGAUUUUCAUGGCAGUGGAUAUACCAGCAUGGCCAUCAUUUACGGGGUGUUCUCUGCCUCCAACCUCAUCACGCCAUCCGUGGUCGCCAUCGUGGGCCCCCAGCUGUCCAUGCUCGCCAGCGGCUUGUUUUACAGCAUGUACAUUGCCGUUUUUAUCCAGCCUUUCACGUGGUCCUUCUACACUGCCUCCGUUUUCAUCGGAAUCGCUGCUGCCGUGCUCUGGACGGCCCAAGGGAGCUGCCUGACGAUGAACUCCGACGAGCUCACGAUUGGAAGAAACAGCGGCAUUUUCUGGGCCCUCCUGCAGUCCAGCUUGUUCUUUGGAAACCUCUACAUCUACUUCGCGUGGCGAGGGAAAACUCAGAUCUCAGACAGUGACCGAAGAACCGUGUUUAUCGCCCUGACAGUCAUCAGCCUUGUGGGGACAGUGCUUUUCUUUCUCAUUCGGAAGCCGGAUUCUGAAAGCGUCCUGGGAGAUGAUGACCCUUCUGAUGACCAGGACAUGGAAGUCAGCGAGUCCCCCCAGAACAACAUGACAAAGGCAGUCGACGCGUUCAAAAAGUCUCUUAAGUUAUGUGUCACCAAGGAGAUGCUGCUGCUUAGUGUCACGACGGCGUACACAGGUCUGGAGUUGACUUUCUUCUCUGGGGUGUAUGGAACCUGUAUCGGUGCUGUAAAUAAAUUUGGAACCGAAGAGAAAGGCCUCAUUGGGCUUUCUGGCAUUUUCAUCGGCAUUGGAGAAAUUUUAGGGGGGGGCCUCUUCGGCCUGCUGAGCAAGAGUAACCGCUUCGGCAGAAACCCAGUCGUGCUCCUGGGAGUCCUGGCGCACUUUGUGGCCUUUUACCUGAUAUUCCUCAACAUGCCGGCGGAUGCCCCCGUGGCCCCUGCGGAAGGGACGGACAGCAGCGCUUACAUCACGCCCAGCAAAGAAGUGGCCAUCUUCUGCAGCUUCCUGCUGGGCCUGGGAGACAGCUGCUUCAACACCCAGCUGCUCAGUAUUCUAGGCUUUCUCUACUCCGAGGACAGUGCGCCGGCCUUCGCCGUCUUUAAGUUCGUUCAGCUCCUGGUCAUGGUGAUUCUCGGCUUUUCGGGGACUGUUUCCUUCUUCGCUGUGGAGUGGGGCGCCGCCGCCAUCGUGGCCCGCGGCUCCGACUACCGCAGUAUCUGACCGACGGCGGCUCUGCGGGCGCAGCUGAGCGAGCGCGGAGGAAGCCGCCGGCCCUCGCCACUGGCGGCUGCGCUUUGGCGCGGGCACGAGACCUCGGGACGGCGGCCGCGGCGCUGCGUUUACUGGGCGAUUCCACGAAAAGCCAAGUGGAGGAAGGGGACUCGUCCUUCGGUUGUCAUUGUCCCGAGCUGCUUUGAACAGUCUGGAAUUCACGUCUCGAGUUCCUGAGACCGUGUUGUGGGGUGUGAACGGUCUCUUCUCCCACCACUCUGGGGAAGGAUUCCCCUGACUCCGAGGCCAUGCGCCCGGCAGGCUCUGGCGGGGGCGGGCACCGGCUGCUUGCGUCCGGGAGCUCAGGCCGCUCGGCAGAGGCACCUGGGUCUGACAGUCAAAUAAAUCACGAAGUACGGCCUGGAGUGGCCUCUGGAAAGACGGGCUCUCCGUGAGUUUCUCACCUUGCAGCUCAUAGCAGACUAAGUAUUCUUAAACGAGGUGCAAAUUGUCUUACGCCUAACAUUUGUAAGGAACAAAACACAUUUCCUGGGGUGGGGGGUCUUGCUGGGAAUUUGCAGUACAAAAGUCAUGACAGCUGCGGGCCUGGCUGUGGGGGCCACGCCACACACCUGCCCCCGCACCCCGGCAAGGGCCAGGGCGGUGGGGGCGGAGGACCCUGGAAACCCAGCUCCUCUACAGCGGCUCGCUUAGACUUUUUUUAAAUUGACACAACUCAGAGACCAUAAGAUUCACCACCUGCAAGCGUGUGAGUCGGGGCCCUGAGUGUAUCCGCAGGCCUGUCCAGCUGCCACCUGUGAUUCCAGGACUUUCACCCCCAAAAGGAGCCCCGUGCCUGGUGGUCCCCGUCUCAGUUGGUGCUGCCGCCCGCCCGCCUGCCGCCUCUGUGAAGCUGCCGGUUCUGGAAGCUCCGCAGACGCGGGAGGCUUGCUCCUACACGUGGCGCUUGACACAGGUGAAAGUCUCCCGGCAACGCUGACUUAGCAAGGAGCUAAGCGUACCUGUGCUGAUGUGUUUUAAAACCACCUCGAAAUUUAGAAACGCUGUCUGCUGAAGGAAAACCCGUGUGCUCUUCCGCUGGCGGGUGAGUGCAGGGCCACGCGGCCCCUCGUCUCAAUGCCUGAGAAGCCCGUGUGUGACGCAGCUGGCACCCUGAGGGCUCGUGCAAGUUGACGUGAACGUGGCUGUGUCGGCCUGUGUGCAUUACCUCUCGGUGCUGUUGCAGGCCUGGUACAAAGCGCUUCACAGGUGCUCUGUAUACGAAAUUGCCCCAACACUGAGCCGCCCAGAGCGGGCCGUCUGGGUGGGGAAUCUGGGCGCGGGGCCCCUGAGUCCUCACUGCAAGGUCAGUUCUCAGGCUGUUGUCUGGGCUUGUGGGAGGCCCCACCCGCUGCCCACCGCUCCUGGUCCCAGAACUGUCCUUGGGCACCGGCAAUGAAGUGCCGUGAACACGUCUCGGUCUGGCUUCACCCCCAGUGGCCGCUGCUGGGUGUCACUGCCCCAGCCCCUAGGGAGCGGGCAGCAGGAGGCCAGGGCCUUUGGGGCUCCAGUGCUCAGAAAGUCCAACAGGGGACUUUGGAAAGGACGCAAGUUCAGGGUCAGCAUGUCCUCAGGGCCACAGUCCUCAAGUGGUCUCUGUUCUUGGGAGCUCUGGACUUCAGUAGGUGGCACUCUCCACCUUCCCCCAUCCGAGACUUCCCGAGAGGGUGUAUACAAUCCCCAAACCCAUUUUUCUCUGAACCAGUCAGAGGCCGGGAGAGCGAGGAUUGGAGUGCUUCUAGAAAGGUACUGCUGUUCUCCGAGCAGCCUUGAUCAUGAAUUAAAUCGCUUAAGUAGAGCAUGUGUAUCUUUAUUCUCUCAAAUUGAGAGACUUUGUGUCAGGAGAUACUCUCUGCAGUGUGGCUAAGUGUUCGUUUCUGUUUGGUUUUCUGAGAAAGUGGGUGGUCUUGCACAGUCUUCUGGCCACGCAGUGGGCAGCGUCACCUCGGUCUGAGGCUUGUCCAGCAGUGACACGAUCAUGAAUGUGGAGUGUGGCUUUGGCUGUGACAGCAUCAGAUUUGAAAAACGACCAGCUCGUUAAAAUCUCUGCCACUUUGAACUUGUUUGCGUAGAUUCUUCCAGUUUCCAAGUAAAAUGCAGACAGGCCCUCCCUAGGGGGACAGGGGGUUAAAGCACAGCACUAGGUGACAA